AUGGCUAGUAGGAGGUCUGCAUGUAAGAAUUGGUUAUACUCUGUUGGGACUAGGAUCUUCAAGAUAAUUGAGAAGAACAAGCUAGGUUCAUCACAAUACAUUUCUAGAUUGGUUGGUGAGAAAUUGCAUCAAGUGAGCCACAUUUAUGGUGAAGAAUUUGUUGUAGACCUUAGAGCAAAGACAUGCUCUUGUAGGAGGUGGAAUUUAUAUCGAAUACCAUGUCCCCAUGUAAUCUCAACAAUAUUUCAAAGAUGUGAAAACCCAACUGCUUAUGUGGAUGAUUGUUAUAAGCCCCAAACUUAUAUGAAGGCUUAUGAACCAGUGAUUCACCCCAUCCCUUCAAUGGACCAUUGGAAUAAAUGUGGCCUUCCUCUAAUUAAACAUCCACUUUGUAAGCAACAACCAGGUAGGCCUAAAAGUGUUAGGACAAAGGAGCCUUGUGAGGUUGAAAUACCAGCCCUCAUCCCAUCAAACCCUAGGCUUCCAAAUUAUAUUGCCCCACCAGCCAAGCUCCAAGAGGCCAUAAUAGAGCAACAUGUGAUGGAUAAAACAAUGAAAACCAACACGUUAAUACAUCUUCAGCCCAAAUGGAGCAAGGUUCUUCUUCACAACUUGUUUGGGGCUGUAAAAAAAUCCGCCACAUCUGGGCUGGAGCUGAAGGUGCGGCCGGGAUUCGUUGGCGGAGCUAGGCUUGCAAAACAGCUGGGCACGGUCGGGAAAAAACUGGGCCUUGAGAGACGUAGCUGGGCAAUUCGAAGCUUGAACUUGGCGGAAGGGUUUACGGCCGGGUCUUUUCGAAAUGGUGCUGGAGAGCGGCCGAAAUUGUUGGAGCCUUGCUGCUCGAGAAUUAGAUGCAAUUGGGCCUCGCAAGAUGUGGUUGAGAAGUUAGCCAGGUCCGGCCGAAACUAUAGGAAAAUCUCGGGCAUAUCUUUGAAUGUUGGUUGCUGCAGGAUUUCUUUGGGCAAGAAUCUUUGGGUUUUCUUGUAA